GCGGCCGGUAUCGGCCGGUCAGUGGUGAGCGCGCCGGCCGCCGGCAGCAUGAGCGCCGCGGCGCCGAUCGUGUCUGCCCGGUCAUGUCGCGUGACCUGUACGGAGAGCCGCCGGCCGGGCGCGCCGCUCGCCGCGCCGAGCCGGUGACGGGCGCCUUUCCGCCGGCGUCGGGCGGAGCCGGCCGCGGCGGCAGUCCGCUGGUGCGCCGCAGCCGCUACAGCCGCUCCACGAGCAACUCGCCGCUGCCCGGCGAGCCGCGGCGCGUGCCACACUCGGCCUCCUCGUCACACAUCAACUCGUACCCGGACGAGCUGGCCAGCCCGGGUAUGGACCACCUGGACCGGGGCGGGCCGCGCGCCAACUCGCACCACCGCUCGCGCUCCACGUCGCGCGGUGCCUCGUCGCGCGGUUACCAUGGUGACGGACAUGAGCGCGAGUUUGUGCCGAUCCGCGAACCGCCGCCGCGCGACCGACCCGACCUCGGCAUGCCGCCCAGACGAGAACGCUCGCUCGAGCGCGGCAUGCGAGACGGGAUGCGCGACAGCAUGCGUGACAGCAUGCGAGAUGGCAUGCGAGACGGUCUCCGUGACGGGAUGCUGGACGACGAGGGUCUGUACGGGCCGCCGCCGGGCCACCACAUGUCGCGCUCGGCUCGCCAGUCGCCCAGCGCCGACUUUGGCGGCAAGCACGGCGGCACGCGCGACUCGUACAUUGUGGAGAUGCAGGCGCAGAACGGCGAGUUUCACCGAGAGCUGAGCCAGCUCAAAAAGGAGCUGGAACUCACCAACCAGAAGCUCGGCUCCAGUAUGCACAGCAUCAAAACUUUCUGGUCGCCGGAGCUGAAGAAGGAGCGACAGAUGCGCAAAGACGAGUCGGCCAAGUACAGCCUGAUGAACGACCAGAUCAAGCUGCUGACGGCCGAGAACCAGAAACAAGUGGCGCUGAUCCGACAGCUGGAGGAUGAGAUGCACCGGCGCGGCGGCAAGAACCAGGCUGUGGUGGAGCUGCAGCAGCAGCUCGACCAGUUCUACGUGGAAAACGACCACCUGACCCGAGAGAACGCCAUCCUCAAGGAGACCAUCAAGGAGCUAGAACUGAGGAUCGACACUCAGAAGCAAACACUUCUCGCCAGGGACGAGAGCAUAAAGAAGCUGUUGGAAAUGCUCCAAACAAAAGGCCUGGGCAAAGAAGAGGAGCGGUUAAUGUAUCAACAGCUUCAGUCAGCGUCACAAAAACAGUUUGAUGACGCGCGCACGGAGAUCCAGCGGCGAGACCAGGAGAUCGUGGCGCUGACGGCCAAGAUGAAGACGCUGGAGGAGCAGCACCACGACUACCAGCGGCACAUCACCGUUCUCAAGGAGUCGCUCUGCGCCAAGGAGGAGCACUACAACAUGCUCCAGGCCGAUGUGGAGGAGCUCCGCCAGCGGCUGGAGGAGAAGAACCGCACCAUCGAGAAGAAGACGCAGGCGGCACUGCAGGCCGGACAGGAGCGCAGUCGACUCAGCAGCGAGCUCAACGAGACCAGAGACCACCUGGACAUCAAGGACCGCAAAAUCAACGUUCUCCAGAGGAAGGUGGAGAACCUGGAGGAGCUGCUGAAGGAGAAGGAUAACCAGGUGGACAUGGCCCGCUCCCGAUUAACCGCCGUCCAGGCGCACCACACCAGUUCGGAGGGCGCGCUCAGUUCCCUCGAGGAGGCCAUCAGCGACCGCGACAAGCAGAUCACCCAGCUGCGCGAACAGCGAGACCGCGCCGAGCAGGACCGCGCCCAGGAGCGCGAGCUGCACGAGCGAGAGCUGGCCGAGUACAAGCUGAAGCUGCACGCGCUGGAGACCGAGCUGGAGAAGCUGCAGGUGCGGCUGGAGCGCGCCCAGACCGAAAAGGCCAAACUAGAGGCCAAGCUGGAGACGUCCCAGCAGGAGCUGGGCAAGGCCAAGGCGGAGCUGGACAAGGUUCAGGGCGACGUCGGCAGCCGCUCGCAUGAGGUCGAGUCGAGCAAACAGAAGCUGACCAAGCUGGAGCUGGAGACGGACCGCCUGAGGGCGGAGAACGACCGGCUGCGGUUCGACCUCGAGCGGGAGCGAGAGCGGACCGAGAGGGACAGAGAGCGGGAGAGGGAGAGGGACCGCGACCGCGACCGGGAGCGGGACCGAGAUCGGUUGGACCGCGAUCCCAGAGAUCCGCGUGAUCCGCGAGAUCCCCGAGACCCACGCGAUCCGCGGGAUCCGCGCGACUCGCGGGAUUCACGCGACUGGGAGCGAUCCACGACCCCGGUGUACAACCCGCAGCGCGAGCGGCACAUGAGCGGCAGCCUGGCCGCCUCGCUGGAGAUCGAGCGCCUCCAGGAGCGGCUGGAGAAGUCGCAGGCCGAGCUGCGGCGCGCCCAGACCGAGCUGCGCAUGUACCAGAACGACAACGACCGCGUGCAGGUGGAGGUCGAGCAGCUGCAGGAGAAGGUGGAAAAGUCCUCCGGUGAGAUCUACCGGCUGAAGACGCGCCUGGAGAACGCCCAGAGCGAGAAGGACUGCCUCCAGGAGGAGUACGACCGCUCGCAGAUGAUCCUGGCGCGCAUCAUGACCGACAAGGACCGCUCGCAGAGCGAGGCCGACAAGCUGAAGGAGGAGCUGGAGCGGUCGCAGCAGACGCUCGGCCGCACCCAGAUCACCCAGGAGAAGACGCAGAACGAGCUGGACAAGGCGCAGAUGGAGCUGGACCAGCUGCAGGAGAAGCUCGACAGGACCACCGGCGAGCUGCGCAGGCUCCAGGCGGAGCGCGAGCAGGCGAUCUGCGACAUGGACCUGCUGCAGGCGCAGGUGGACAAGACGCUCGGACAGUCGACCCGCAUGCAGCGCGACAAGGAGGCCGUCGAGAGCGAGCUCAGCAAGCUCAAGGACAAGUACGACAAGGCCCAGGGUCAGCUGGCGCGCGUGCUGAAGGAGAAGGAGGCGGUGGAGAUGGACCUGCUGAAACAGUCGGAGCGGGUCGAGCUGCUGCAGAGCCAGCAGGCCAAGGCGCUGAGGGACCGGGACACCGUGCAGACCGAGAUGGACCUGCUCCGCGAGAAACUCGACAAAAACUCCGCGCUCAUACAGAAACUGCAGAUUGAGAAGGAGGACAGGAGCUCCGAGCUGGAGCACCUGCGGGAGAAACUGGAGAAGAACCAGCUGCUCAUCUCGCGGCUGCAGGAGGAAAAGGAGACGGCGCACCGCGAGAACGAGCGACUGCUGGAGAAAUACGACCGGUCGCAGGGCGAGGUGCAGCGGCUCCAGACCCGGCUGCAGACGGCCCAGGACGAGCAGGACCGGCUGCAGUCCGAGGGCGAGAAGUCGCACCUGCUGCUAGGCAAGACGCGCGAGGAGCAGCGCCGCGCGCAGGACGAGCUCGAGAAGCUGCAGGAGCUCUACGACCGCAGUGCCGUCCAGUUCAUGAGGAUGAAGGAUAGCGAGGAGAGGUCCCGCGAGGAGCUGGAACGGCUCAACCUGGAGCUGGAGCGCGUCCGCGAAAAGUACGACAAGUCACAGAUGGAGAACAAGAGGCUGUCCAACGAGCGAGAACAGCUCAAAGAGGACGUGGAUAAGCUCGUGUUUGAUGUUGAGCGGUCCAAGGCCCAGUAUCAGAAACUACAGGCAGCUCAGGAUCGCAGUAACGAGGAGGUGGCGCGUCUCCAGGUGGAGGUUGAGAAGGCGUACGAGAAGGCGGAGCGGAGUCACGCCGAGCUGAGGAAGAUCCAGGCGGAGCGCGACAAGGCGCAGGCGGAGGCCGAGACGUGCCAGUCGGAGAUGGAGCGCUAUUUGGCGCGCCUCGGAAAGUACCAGGACAGCCAGGAGCGCAGCAAGGAAGAGCAGGAGCGUCUCAAACUGGAAAUCGAUCGUGUCAAGGAGAAGCUGGACAAAACGCAAAUGGAUCUGGAGACGGAGCACCUGAUGCGCGAUCGUUUCGAACAAGAGGCAGCUAAGCUGCGAAUCGAGCUCGACCGUCUGGAGUCUCAGAAGGGUCGCGCGCUCAGCGAGGACAGCCGCUCCGACAUACAGCUGGAGGUGCUGCAGAACGAGCUCGACCGCGUGCGGGAAAAGUACGACGUCUCCCAGAUGGAGGUUCGCAAACAGCGCAUCCAGGCCGAGAAACAGCAGGAGGAGGUGCAGCGGCUGCAGAAAGAGCUGGAGAAGCACGAGAACAACAUGACCCGCUUUGCUUCUGAGAAAGAACAAAACCAGGGCGAGGUUGAGAGGCUGAAAUUCGAGUUGGAACGCAUCCGUUCCCGUUACGAAAAGGCGCAGAGCGAGGCGACGCGACUCGGUCAGAAGGUGGAACAACUCGAGUCAGAGAAGAAGCGGCUGAAGAGCGACCUGCAACAGGCGCAGGGUGAGCUUGACCGCCACUCGACGGCGCAGAACGACAGCCGAGACGACAUGGAGAAGAUAAAUGCGGAGAUGGACCGCGUGCGGGCCAAACUGGAGCGCUCGCAGGCCGAGCUGCAGCGCGUCAGCGACGAGAAACAGACGAGCGACGCGGAGACGCAGCGCCUGAGCCGUGAGCUGGAGCACACCCAGCAGCGGCUGACCAAGUACAAAGACAGCAACGAGGCCGCCAAGGCCGAGUUCGAGAAGAUGGCCAUGGAGAUCGAGUCGCUGCACUCCAAGCUGGAGCGUACCGAGGGCGAGCUGCGCACCGCGGAGCAGGAGCGCCAGAACCUGCAGCAGGCGGCCAACAAGGCCAACAGCAAUGACGAGCAGACCAGGAUACAAGUCAAGGGCUUCCAGGACCAGCUGACCAAGCUACAGAACGAACUAGAAAAGUCGCAAGCUGCUCUCAGGGCUUCUGAGGAGCAGAAGCGCGCUGUAGAGGAGCAGAAGAGGGCUGUGGAGGAAGAGAAGCGCAAGGCUGAAGAGGGAAGAAGAAAAGCAGAAGAAGAAAAGACACAGGCGGAGGAGCAAAAGCACAAAGCCGAGGAGCAAAAACGCUUAUCGGAUGAAGAAAAGCGAAAGGUAGAAGAAGAAAAACGGCUAACAGAAGAACACAAAAGGAAGAUUGAAGAAGAAAUGAGACAAAUCGAGGAAAGGCGGAAAAAGGCAGAGGAGCUGGCCAAAGAGGCUGAGAUUCAGAAACAGCAGAUCAGGGAGAAGGCCCGUCAGUCGGAGGAGCGUUUGCUUGCGGCCGGUGGGGAGAAGGAUAAGUUGACUGCCGAGCGCAUGCAGCGCAUCUCUGCUCUGGAACACGAGCUGUCCCAGAUCACCGCCGAGCGCGACCAGCUGGUGACGCAGCUGGAAAAGUCGUCGGCCAUGCUGACCACCUUCCAGCAGGAGCUGCAGUCCACCCAGCGCAGCCUGGAGUCGGCGCAGCAGGCUGCCGGCGGCCAGCAGGCGCAGGCGGCGCAGCAGCUCAAGGAGCGCGAGGCGCAGCUGCAGCAGCUCACGCAGCAGCUGGCCCAGAAGCAGCAGGAGAUGGAGUCGCUGCAGCGCGCUCACGAGGCGGAGGUGGCGCGUCUGAAGAGGGCGGAGGCGGAGCUGCGCGAGGCUCAGAGUAACAGCAGCCGCUCGGACUCGGAGCAGCUGCAGCAGCUGCGCGCUAGCUUGGAGGCGGAGCGUGGCCGCGCCGACCGCGCCGAGCAGACGCUCCAGGAGACGCAGUCGCAGCUGGCGCAGCUCAAACAGCAGCUGGAGGCGGCCCGGACGGAGACGCGGCAGGGCGCGGCCGUGCUGCAGCAGCAGGUGCAGCAGCAGAAGCAGCAGCUGCAGGAGCAGCAGCAGCGGCUGGAGCAGCAGCAGGGCACCAUCCAGGAGCAGCAGCAGCAGCUGGCGUCGGCCCACCAGCUGCUGCAGCAGAAGACCAGCGACUCCACUGAGGUCCAGAAGCUCCGGAAGGAGCUGGAACGCUCCAAAAAUGACAUGCAGAACUCCCGAGUGGAGCGAGAGCGGCUUCAGUCCCAGUUAGAGAUACUGGUUCAGGAGCUCCAACGCACCCAGCUGGAUCUACAGAAGGCACAGCAAAAAGCGGCCAACUCGGGCAGUAGCAGUGAGGAGGAUUCCAGCGCACAACAUCAGCAGCAGUUACAGCAGCAACAACAGCAGCUGCAGCAGCAACAACAGCAGCUGCAGCAGGCCCAGCAGCAGCUGCAGCAGCAACAGCAGCUGCUCGAGGAGCGCACGCGGCAGCUGGAGGAGCGGGACAAGCAGCUGGCGCAGCUGCAGGCUCGCGUCAAACAGCUCGAGUCGGAGUUGGCAGCCAAGGCGGAGCAGGGCGGCGGAGCGGCAGAGCUGGCGCAGCUGCGGACAGAGCUGGCGCAGCUGCGCGAGGAGAACAAGAAGGCGCAGGCCGAGUCGGAGCGCCUGCUGCACCUGAUGCAGAUGUCGCAGGAGGAGCAGUUCGCCAAGGACAAGACCAUCAAGGAGCUGCAGGAAGCGCUGAGGAGGUCCCGCGGUGCGCCGCUGACCGCGCCUCCCUCCGCUGGUCCGUCUCGGGCCACCACCCCCGGGGCGGUCACCGCCAGUCCGGGACCGCCGCCGCAGACCCAGCAGCCGCAGCAGCAGCAGAACAAGCCCCAGCUGCCGAACCUGCUGCCCGACGCCGCCGGCACGGCCGCCUCCGCCGCCGCCAACGUGGCCGGCAACGUCGCCGGCAACGCGGCUAACGCUUCCAAGGCCGUCGGCGGCUUCCUCAAAAGCCUCUUCUAAAAGUGCAAUAGUUCAUCGCGUGACUGCGUGCCAGGGGACGGGCAGAGUGGGGGAUGGACGGAGAGAGUGAGAGAGCGAGGGACGGACGGUUCGCCGUGGAUCGCAGCUGCGAAGUGCCUCAAAGUCGAGAGUCCCUCUGUUGGCUUCAUCAAUCUGAUGUGUUUGUCACUUCAUCUGAUCUCUGUUUAUCACGUAACUUGUAAGUUUGUAACCAUCCACUCGUGAUCUGACCUUUGUUAGGUCCUAAGUCGCAUAGCCAGUCCUCGUGGUAGCUGUAUGGCCAAUGGCCAUGCUGAUCUCGGUCGCCGGAGCCGGCCGCUCGAGGGCUAGGUGGCGCUGCCAACGGAGCUCCCUCCACCAGGUAGCGCCACCUCCGCAAGAGGCUGAGCUCACUGCCGUCUUACGGUGAAGACUGCAGGUUAAAACCCGAGGCUUGACAGGGGUAGCCAGCCUGCUAUCUACGACCCAAGUAACGUCACCAAACAGCCUCACACCAUCAGCAUGCUGACAAUUAGGCGUUCAGUGUCAUUAUUCGCCAGCAUGCCGUUUGAUGUUGCGUCAAAAUAUGUGUCUUCAUUGUGUCAAGAAGGUAUAUUUUGAAAACGUGUUAUGCAGUGCGUUCUGUUGAAUAUUCGCGUUCUUACUACAUAUGUGUGCCCAUCAGAAAAGUAAGGGUCAUUUAUUUACACCAAUGGUGCAAAUACGCCCAACAUAUGUGCAGCACGAAAGCAUGUCCGUUUGCUGCAACCAUUUUAAUUUUACGACGAAGGCAUCGCAAAAACGGUGUGCAUCUUGGCACCAGACACGCCGCAAGACUGGAUACAAGACAGUGCGCGGCUGAUUAUGAGUGUGUGCGUGCGAGUGACGAGUGCAAAACAGCGCGGAGGCACCCCGGAUCGCGCGCAGGAGUCGGAUCGUGUCGAGGGCGUCCCUGCGCGUGCCACUGCCAGCAAUGUGCCAUAUGAACCUCGAUGCGCGGGCUCAGGACCCGGUGGCAGCGCGAUCGGUGAGGGACGCUCUGCGCGGCAGAGCGCGGCCGACACCCACCUGUGUGCGGCGCACGUGUGCGAGUGUCAGUAGCGACACCGGUAGAGCUCACUCUGACCGAACCGGGUCGGUCAGGGGCGCCGGGGCGCCCAGUGGGACGGCGGGGACUCGGUGUCCCUGGCAGGGCGCCCGGUGCUCUCCGUUUUCCCUGUGGCGGGGAAGAGCGAGCGCCACUCCAGUGGGUGUGGUACCGCAAUAGUCGCCGGUGUGGACGGCGGUUCGUAGCGCCCGAUGUGUCCCGGGGUUGGGAUCGUCCGGCCCGGCCCGUCUCCGGUCACCGGCUCUAGUCACAGCUGCUCUAGUCUCCGCCGGCGUCCUCUAGUCUCGUUCCCUCGUCCUCUAGUCUCCGUCUCCGCGGCGGGCGGUCUAUAGCGCCCCUCCUGUGUCCCUGAGGUCCUCUCCGACCGGCGGCGUGCGCACAAACUGCCCUCCGGCUCCCUGUCUGUCCCGGCGGGUCCCGACCCGCCCCGGGCCGCUCCCCGGCCCUGCUCGCUUCUGUCACGGUCGGUGCUGUGGUCGACGUUGUCUCGAGCGUUCUAGUCCUGCUGUCCCGGCGGCGCUCUGCAGCCGCUCGUAUCGGCUCUCCUCUCCUCUCCUCUCAAUCUCUCUUGUCUCCCUGAUAGCUAGCUCUGUACGUACCUCAUAUGCACGUGUGUUUCUACCUGGGUCCGGGCGCGCCGUGUCUGGGGACGGGUGCACGUGGCGCCGCACGUGGCCGCCGCUCGAGCUCAGACACGUGGCGGAGCAGAGGGCGGUGCAGACGGGCCGAAACCGUGAUCUUAUAGCGCGCAUAUCCACGUUAAUACUCAUUUGUUGACUGUAAAUAAAGAGUACAUGGAUGUAAGUAUCCUGAA